GGUUAUUAGAAUGGCAGGCGAGAGUUCGGAAGCUGUUGGUGCUGGUGUUGGAGGUGGAAGUUCAGGCAACAAGAUGCCUACACUGGAGGAGUAUGGUACUAAUUUAACCAAGCUAGCUGAGGAGGGUAAAUUGGACCCUGCUUUUGGAAGGCAGCAAGAAAUUGAACUUGUCACUCAGAUUCUGGUGCAGCGUACAGAAAAUUACCCCUGCCUCAUUGGAGAACCUGGCAUUGGGAUGACAGUAAUUGUAGAGGGCCUUGCUCAGAGAACUGCCAAUGGGGAUGUUCCUGAGACCAUUGAGGAGAAAAAAGUAUUUUAA